UUUUUAGACACUCGCCGAGAUGUUGCCCUUGAUACUACUGGCGCUAUUGGUUGGACCAAGCUCUCUGUUUGCAAGCGCAAGCUAUUUCCGUGUAUGUUACUACACUAACUGGGCGCAGUACAGGGGGUUGGCGAAGUACACUCCUGAUAAUAUCGACCCUUCCCUCUGCACCCAUAUCGUCUACGCCUUCGCCAAAAUGAAUGCUGAUAACAGCAAGCUGGCAAUGUUCGAGUGGAACGAUGCGGCCAUGUACAAAAAAGUCAACGACCUGAAGAGCAGCUCGAACAUGAAGACGCUUCUGGCCGUCGGGGGCUGGAAUAUGGGAUCUGGACCCUUCCAAGACAUGGUCAGUACAGCGAGUAGAAGAAAGAUCUUCAUCGACGAUGCGAUUCUGUUCUUGAGAAAUCACAUGUUUGACGGCUUGGAUUUGGACUGGGAAUAUCCAGGGGCUCGCGGUUCGCCGCCAGAAGACAAGCACCGCUUUACACUUCUCUGUCAAGAGCUCUUGGCUGCAUUUGAGACUGAAGCUGCUAACACAGGAAAACCAAGGCUGCUACUGACGGCAGCAGUAUCUGCAGGGGAGACCACGGUGAAAAACGGCUACGAGAUAUCAGCCUUGGGUCAAGCCCUGGACUGGAUCAAUCUGAUGUCGUAUGAUCUUCACGGGGACUGGGAAGACACCACGGGGCAUCACGCGGCCAUGGACUCAAGCACAGGUGAUCCCCUCACUGUCACGCAUGCAGUGGACUUGUGGAUCGCGGGCGGUAUGCCAUCUAACAAGAUCGCACUCGGUAUCCCCUUAUACGGGCGAUCUUUUACCCUUAAAACGGCAAACAAAACUCUCGACGCCCCAGCAACAAAAGGAGGGCAGGGCCCUUACACCAAAGAAGCUGGCUACAUCGCGUACUUCGAGAUCUGCAAGAUGGGACUUAGUGUGACCCGCGACCCGGUGCUUGUAUCCCCGUACGGUGUAGAUGUGAAUAAUCAGUGGGUAGGAUAUGAUGACGUCACGAGCGUACAGGAGAAAGUAAACUACAUCAAGAAAAAAAGUCUGCUUGGCGCCAUGUUUUGGUCCAUGGAUUUGGACGACUUUAAAGGAGACUGUGGCCAGGGGAGUUACCCUCUGAUGACAGCCGUGAAAACUGGACUGACGGGUGUUGCUCCUGACCCAACCCCCGCCCCUAACCCCCUCCCCCUCACGGACGCCGUUGCAUCCUCAAACAAGAUGACAUGCACCGUGAAACCCGGGUUUGCCAUUAUCACGGACGAGUGGUGCCAGCAGAUCUGUGACAACAAUUACUGCUAUGAAAAGUCCUGCGACUGCGUGCAACCUUGAGCCGACUUGUCCAGGAUUAGUGGGGACUAACAUAGUUAUCAGACAGGUCACCAGAGUUUUCAAAGCAAUAUGCCAGUAUUUUCUUAAGAGUUCAUCUGUCCAGGAUGAUCUUUUAGUCCUUUCAGUUAUCAAAGACUCGCUACCAAGGUCUUCAAAGCAAUAGGCUUGAUUUUCUUGAGCCUACAUUUCCAGAACAUGUCACCUUAAAGUUUGCACUAGCAUAGUUAUCAAACCUGACGUGCUCCUGACCCAACUCGACAAAGAUGCCAAUAGACAACCAUCUCAAGUGCCAAGCUAUUGCUUUGUUUGGCCACGGUAUAUAGGUAUAAAGGUUUUGUCUGUAAUUCUCGUCUUGUAGAUUAUGGAUAGUGGUGGUCUUGUCAGGUAUAUAUUCUAGAGAGUAAAAUAUAAACGAGCAUCCAAUAAAGAGGCAUUCAUGCA